UUAGAUUUGCCAUGGAUUUUCAAGAUACAUCAUAUGAUGAACAGGAAGAAGUAUUGGAUCUUACAUAUAUUGCACCGGAUGCACCUAUUGAAUCAGGAAAACUUAAGGAAUGGAGAGAUCGUCGGAGAACGUUGAAAGUUGUUAUUCAUCCUUUAUUAAAUAUGGCAAUUUCUUGGAUUUCAAUUAUAGAUAUCUAUAAAAAUCCUAAGGAGAAACAGGAUUAUGUUUUUUCUCCGGAAGAAUCGGCUUUAUAUACAGUUCAUACGCCGAUUUUUUUUUUGAAUUCAUGUCAAGUCCGUCUUUCAAAUGUUAUGAGUAGUUAUUUUGAAGAGCUUCAAAUGCUUUAUGAAAAUUUGGAAUAUAAAUUUUUUGAUCCUAAGGAAAUGUUGCUAGGGUCGAGUCAAUCUCUUAUUCCAUCUUUUUUUAAUAGAAUAUGCAAAUCAUAUAGAAUUGCUACGGAAGACGCCAUUAAUGAAUAUAAAAAUGAUGAUGAGAUGGAUCAGGAUAUAUUAAUGACAUUGGUUGAUAGUUAUACAUUAUUAUAUUGUGUUGAAGCAAUUUAUUUAAAUUCGGAUGAUAGAAAUUAUUCUGAGCUGAUUGUAGAAUGGGUAAAUCGUUCAGAUCCUCAACCGUCACAACAAGAUGGGUUGGAGAUUAUGACAUCAAGAACACCAUGUCUUCAUCCAGGAUUUUGGUCGUAUGUUCAUAAGGCAGCAUUGAGGGGACUUUUUAAACAAGUAAUUUCAUGUUUACAACAAAGUGGUAUUGAAUCGGUUGAACCAAAAGCUGUAGAGGUUAUCGAUACAACAAUUGAUAUAUUAGAAACCUUUCAAAGUUAUAGAAAGUCUUUUGGAAAUGAAAAUAUUUUGAAAUGGAGACAUUGGAGAGGAAGAGUAAUAAGUUGCAUUAGAACAUUGAAACUGGAUAAUCUUGAGAUUUCUUCUGCUUUUAGAUGUCUUUUUGAAAUUAUUUCUGGUGACAGAGAUGCUAUAUUUCGUGAGUCGGAUACAUGGCAAGAAUGUUUAGGUGCUUUGAUUCUAUUAAACGAUCCUUUGAAUUGUAAAACAGUGAAAGAUAUAUAUAGAGUUUAUGAUUCUGUCGUAAAAGGUGAAGAUUCAUUUACAGUUGAUGAGACGUUGCCUGUUGAAAGCGCAUGUGCUGCCUUGUUUUCUGGUAAUAUUCCAAAAGCAAUGAUUCAAGCAGCUCAAAUACAAAGUGGUAUUGCUGCACAUAUAUCAGAUUUAUUGUUAAAGGCUGGAAUUUUGGAAGAAUUUGAAACGAAUGAAUACCCAUUGAGUUUACGGGAUUAUCUUGUAUUAAAUUAUGCGGAUCAACUAAUAACUAAUCCUGAUACAUGGAAAAUUGCUUUAGUCUAUUGGAAGACGGUAUCUGAAAUAGGUAUCCAACGAAUUAAAACAGUUUUACCUCGAAUACCUUUGACAUCAGAUGAAAGAACUGAGGAAGUGUUGGCUUUUUGUGAUCAAUUCCAUCUUCAUGAAGAAGCCUGUAUGAUUGCAUCUAUAUGGGCAAAAGAACUUGAACGUAAGAAAAAAUUGGGUUCUGCUGUAUUACUUUAUGAUCGAGUUAAUAAUGCUUAUCAAAUUGAUCAAAUUAAUUGGAUUUUGUUUGAAACUUCUUUAAUUCAAGGAUAUCCAGCUAAUGUAGAUCAAUUAAUGGAAACUUUUUUAGAAUCACCAUAUUCAUCAUCUUCUCGAAGUAUUGCUUCACUCUUGGCUCCUUAUGCAAUUUUAAAUUCCUUUUAUCAAUUAAAAUUUGAGGGGAAACGUUGUGCUGCUGCACAUUAUCUUGCAAGUUUAAUUAAAGCAGUAGACAUUCCAAAAAAAUACAUGUUAUUAUUAUUAGCUGAAAUGUUAUCUUUCUUAGAUGAUUCAUUACCAAGAGCAUUUACUAUGAGGGACAUUUUUGAUUGUAUUGCUGCUAUUGAAGAAUUCCAAUCAUUAAUAUUCAAAGAAGACUGCAUAAAACUAUUUAACAAAGCAAAAUCAUAUAAUUCAUAUCUACAAAAUUCACAAUCAUCACAAAAUUCUGAUAAUUGGAGACACAAAAUAAACCAAAAUAUAAAUGAAAAUAAUAUAUUAGAACUAGUAAGAUUACAAAUAACAAAAACUAUUGCCAGAGGUUUUCUAGAGCCCGAUCCUUAAUAUAAUAAAAAAUUUUAUAUUUCUUAAUA